UUUACUCCCUUGGUAAAUAUCUAUCUACACUUUCCUCUCAACACAGCUGUUUCAGUGUUAGCGUUAGUUGACAAGAAAGCGGAACUAGCUAACUAGCAGGCCAGCACGUACAUUAGCCUGUUUAAGAAAUUACCCUCUCGGAUUUUACCCUCUUUGCGAUAGCUGAGCACCACUGCAAGUUUUCAGACAAUAAAAUAAAACAUCAAGAGUGAAAUGAGGAUAUGUGUUCAACGUGAUUGGAAUAAGACGCCACCUGUGCUCCAAUCAAAUCUGGAGGAACAGGUUUGGGUAGAAGAACAAGAAACGCAUUUCCCUGUGUGGUGUUUGCCACUUGUGCUUGGUCAAGUGAAGAAACUGCAACAUGAAUCGGCCUCAGACUAUUGAGCUCAGUAAGACGGGAGGAGCCUCCAAACAGGACACCAGCAACAUGGAUGACAUGACUGUGGAACAGAUGGCGAUUAGGGCCAACCAAGUGACUGAUGAGUCACUUGAAAGCACACGGAGGAUGCUACAGAUGGCAGAAGAGAGCAAACAAACAGGCGUCAACACAGUGGUGAUGUUGGACCAACAAGGAGAACAGCUGAGCCGUGUGGAGCGAGGCAUGGAUCAGAUCAACCAGGACAUGAGACAGGCUGAGAAAAACCUUACCGACCUCUCAAAGUGCUGUGGCAUCUGUGUCUGCCCCUGUGAUAGAGUGUCAUCAAUCGAGAAUGACUCACGGUAUAAGCGUACCUGGGGUACUGGAGGAACUGAAGGUGAAAAUGAUGCAGAUGGCUCAAAAGUGGUCUCAAAGCAGCCUUCAGGCGUCCGCAAUGGCCAGGCUGCCCAGGUUAAUGCUGCGGGACCAUCAGGCCCAUACAUCCAGAGAAUAACCAAUGAUGCACGUGAAGAUGAAAUGGAGGAGAAUUUGGAGGCGGUCGGCAGCAUCAUUGGCAACUUGAAAAGCCUUGCUGUGGACAUGGGAAGUGAGAUAGACAAGCAGAACAAACAGAUUGACCGCAUCAACGACAAGGCGGACAUGAAUAAGCUGCGCAUUGAUGAAGCAAACCAGAGGGCCAACAAGCUCAUCAAAUAGAUGAGAAAUCCCGCUUCUGUUAGUUUCAUCAACCUUGAGCCUCUCUCGCCACACACACACACACACACACACACACACACACACACACUAUAUAUUUGUGCGCAUCUGCAAACAUACUUUGCAAGUAAAAAGAAAUUCUCUCAUGAAGAAGUUUUGCCAGUAGUGUGCCUGCCUUUAUCGCACUAAGUUGUACGUAGAGUGAAGACAACUUCUUGGACUGUCCACCACUAUUCACACCCUUUUACACACAUGCCUAGUCAUGCUGGACCGUGAGAAACAGUGUGAGAUACUUCAGUAAGUGGCUGACUGCCUAUCACUGCUGUUUGAUACCAAACUACAUGCAUGUAACCUUCACAGGGAGGGAAGUGGCACAUUUGCUGCUUUCCGUUUUGUUUUGUUUUUUGUUUCUCAUCUAAGUCAAGAAUGAGCUGUUUUGUUGAUGUGACCGUUAACUCAUCAAAACUGAUAAGCUGUUGUCUCCAUACAGCCUCAUGUAUUUUAAAAGGAAACAUCAACUCUGGUCUGAAAUGAAUCUUACUCAAAUCCUUAUACAUACUCCUUAUCAUUGUGUAAUUAGGUUUAUUGUAUCAUGUGUAAUGCUUUGAUAUUAUUUGCUUAUUUAAUUACUCAUGAAGCAGAAAUGACUUGCGAAUAAAGUUCUCUUUAACACUUUGUUCCCAUGCCAUUUAUGCCUGUUCAUAUAAAAGGGCUAUUUAAAAAAAUAUAUAAAUAUAAAAAAUAAAAAUCUAAUGUUGUACCUGAAUGAAAGAAUUUUGAUGUUGUUACUACUUAAAAUUUCUGAUAGAUGGGGAGUUAAGGUCAUUGUAAUUACUUGCUACAAAGAGAUGACCUGUGGUUAGAAACAUUGUAUAGCAAUCACUCGUUUUUCUUAUGAGAAGGAAGGUCUGCAAGGAUCAUGAGGUCUGUUUAUCAUUACCUGCCCUGAAGCAAUUAGUUUACUUCACAAUAACACUGAACUUGGGAUAUGUAACAGUAGGUGAACUGCUCUCUUCUAUGUUCACCGUUUCUUCACUUUGAUCACAGUGUUGAUGUAAAUACUGUUUAACAGGAUGACUAGAGGCAAUUAAUCCAAUUUCUUAACUUUGUUUCCUCUUAAUGGUUAAUGGAGAUUAGAAGCUUACAAGAGGAGACAUAACAAACCUGUGCAGGGCAAUUUGAUAAUUGUGGAACUGUUCAGUUCUGAACCACAGAUGAGCAUUGUUUAACCUGAUGUGAGGUCUCUUUAUGUGCUAGGUUCAGGCCAGUUGGUUACUAAAAUCUUGGCAUUUUAAAAACAAUAACCUAUAAUAAAAAGUGGUGAAAUCUGUAGGAACCCAAUCAAUCUUAUACACGAUGUACGGUUGUGUUGUAACAGCCGCUGCAUCGUAAAAGGCUCCUCUUACAUGUGUAAAUAGUCUUUACAGCACAGCUAUGGUACAAUAUCAUCUGACGAUGGAAAGGAGAAUUUAAAUUUGUGUUGUCGAAGCUGUAGCCAGGCUGAGAAAUCGUCGCUGGCAGCAAAAAUGCAAAAAGUAUACAUGUAAGUGAAAGUUGUUAAAGGGGUAAACACAGAGGCACAAUAAGUCCUGGUGGGUUGUAUUAAGGCUUGCUGAGGAAAAUUGGCCAUUGAUAAAGGGAUACAAUGUGCCCAAAGUAUCUCUCGUAUGAAUCUUCUUUCUUAUUUGUUUUGAAGAAAAAUGCUAAUUUGCAUGCUGUGCUGCAGGCAUAUACCUACUCAGUUUGUAAGGAUUGAAAUGAACUGUUUUCAGGGCUUUGUAUUGCUAUAAGUGAUCAUCCUCAGCCUGUUACGUAUGAGCUCGGAUCUAAUUAGUCUAUUCUAAAGCUGCCUUGCUGUCUGGAAGCUGUUUAUUCAUUGUUUCACCCACAGCCACUGGAAUGUAAAUACAACAGUUUUGUGUAUUUUAAAUAUGUUCAUAUGGAGCUCAUCUUAUCUGAAAUUAGCUCGGUGAGCGGAUGACUGCUCAAAGUGAAAAUGCCUUCUGUUUCACGCUUGCCACUGUUGAAUUGUUUAUACUCAAUAAAUCUCUUCUGAAAUUCAA